AUGAACGAAAAAACUGGCCAGGAUCUUCCUGCUCCAAUUACUGCUACUGCUCCACCACCUAAACAAAGAUCAAAGAAAACAUUACUUGCCCAUCUUCUUUUAGUAUGCUCUACCCUUUAUUUCAUGAAGACAUAUUAUUUCGACCAAAAUUUACCAUCUUACAGCUCUUCAAUCCAUAAUUGUCACCAUCAUGAUGAAGAGGUUAUAGACUUUGCCGAAGCUCAAAAAUCUUUAUGCCCAAUAUCUCCAAAGAUUGUUCCUGAGCAAUAUGACGAGUUUAAAGACACAGUUGAUAAAAUUCUUUUUGAUCCUGAUUUCCGUGUCAAAUCUGCUGAGAAAUUAUCGGGAGCAGUGCAAAUUCGUACUGAAGUCACUGAUAAAACCAAGUUUUUACCACUUGACGACCCAUCCUUUGCCCCAUUUGUCGACUUCCACCAUUAUUUGAAGGAACAAUUCCCCCUUGUCCAUAAAUCCAUGACCAAGGAAGUGGUCAAUGAAUACGGUCUUGUUUUCACUUGGGAUGGUGCUGAUCCUUCAUUAAAACCUUUAUUAUUGACCGCUCACCAGGACGUGGUGCCUGUCGAAUGGGCCACCGAAGACCAAUGGUCGCACCACCCAUACUCUGGUCAUUACGAUGGCGAGUAUGUUUGGGGAAGAGGGUCCUCUGAUUGUAAAAACUUGCUUAUUGGUUUAAUGGAGUCGAUGGAAUUGUUGAUUGAGACCGGGUAUUCUCCAAAAAGAACCGUUAUUCUCGCAUUCGGAUACGAUGAGGAAGCCUCCGGAGUUAUUGGUGCUAAGAAAAUUAGUGAAUUCUUAUAUGAAAGAUACGGCAAAGACUCGAUGUAUGCCUUAAUUGACGAAGGUAGUUCCGGGGUCAUUGCCAUGGAAGGUCAAUAUUUUGCUUCGUUGGCCACUGGGGAAAAAGGGUAUUUGGACUCUAUGAUCACCUUGACCACCCCUGGCGGCCAUUCUUCAGUUCCACCUGACCAUACUUCUAUUGGUAUUAUGAGUACUUUCAUAUCAUUGAUUGAAAAAACCCCAUUCAAACCAUCGCUUCCAAGUUAUAAUCCACUUUUGGGCAUGAUGCAAUGUAUUGCCAGUUAUUCGGAUGAAAUGGCUCCAGCGCUUAGACAGACCAUCUUAAAUGCCGACCGUGAUGAAACUGCCAAUAAGAAACUUAUUGAAUAUUUAUCAAACGAUAAGUUGACCAAGUACCUUAUUUCCACUUCCCAGGCAGUUGAUAUCAUACAUGGCGGGAUCAAGUCUAAUGCCUUACCGGAAUCUGUGUCGGUGGUCAUCAAUUCUAGAGUUAACGUUGAUUCUUCAGUUAGUGAAACCCAAGAUAAGAUUGCUGGGAACUUGCUCUUGGUGGCCAAUCGCUUUGAUUUGGGAGUUGUUGUCAAUGGAAUCACGAUUAAAGAACCAACUGCUAAUGGGUUGUUCAAUUACACCAGAAGCACUCCGUUGGAAGUGGCGCCAAUCUCUCCGCACAGUGGUGAAAUGUGGGAUAUCUAUGUUGGAUCGCUACGUCAUGUGUAUGAAGACUUGGUGUACGGGGAGCAAUUGGAAGGUAAACCGGUUAUUGCCACUCCUGGGAUGAGCACCGGUAAUACCGAUACAAAAUACUAUUGGGAUUUGACCAAGAAUAUCUACAGAUACCAACCUGGAGCGCUUAGUGACAGUGUUAGUUUGGGUGGGAUCCACAGCGUCAAUGAGAAUGUGUUGUUCCAAGGCCAUUUGAACAUUGUUGCAUUUUACUACGAGUACAUCAGAAAUGUCGAUUCAUUUUCUUCUGAGCAAUGA